AUGCUGUUCCGAAUCAUCUCCAAAUCUGUUCAGAAACCCCAAAACUUUUGCGAACCCCCAUCCUCUCUCCUCACGAACGCAAUUGCUUCUCCUGGCCAACCCUCGCCAUCUCAAAAUCGACGCAAUUGGACACCUCUCAAUCGAUUUCUAAGGCUAUGGAGACAAAGCGCGCAGAAAUUCUUUAUGGAAGAUAUGUGCCGAAACUCAAGACCGCUCAAGUAUGAUGGUCCAGGUGCAGAUGCAAACGAUAUGGCGUCAUCAACGGCUCUGAUUUGUGAAACCGAGGCGUGGGAGGAAUCGAAGGGCCAUGUUGAAGGUAUUAGCAAGACUCAUUUGCGUGAUUCGAUGAGUGAUGCCGACAGAUGCCAAAAGAUGAUGGUAUUAUUCUCGGCAGCAGGCAACUGUAGAGACAAUGGACAAGCUUUUGAACUUGGCAAAGAAAAAAAUGAAAACUCCACAAGUGAAGACGGUUUGUUCGUCGGAUUGAACAAAGGACACAUCGUCAUCAGACGUGAAUUGGCUCCUCGUCCCAAUUCCCAAAGGGAAAACGAGCAAGAGGACACUUUUCGUCAGAGGCUUGAUAAGGGAAGUUGCUGGAUCACUGAGCUUCUCAAGGUUGGCAAAGACAAGAGGGCUCUUAAGGUUGCUAAGAGGAAGUUGGGUACUCACAAGAGAGCCAAGCGAAAGAGAGAGGAGAUGUCUGUUGUUCUCCGCAAGAUGAGGUCUGGUGGUGGAGUCUCUGAAAAGAAGAAGUAA